GACCAAUUAGGUUGUUGUUAUUAUAGAAUGUAACCAAUCACAGCGAAGGAGUAGGCUCCUGUUCAACGGGCGCGAACGGUUAAGGACAGGACAGAUGGCCAAGAGAAAAUGGCGAAUAUGGAUGAGUUUAGGUACGGUAAUAACGUUAUAUAGGUAGACAUUUUAAGCAGUUUUGAUACCUAACGUGAUAAAGCUCGGACGUGUUUCAUUUCUGCCGUGGGUGCAAGUUAUUUCGGAGUUAGAAUGGAAAGCGCUAAACCUAGGAUAAGCUAAUUUGUAAUUAUGUUAAAUUCAGUAAUGGUAGUUAUGCUAAUGUUAGCUGACGUUAGCUAGAAACAUGAACUGUCCUUAGUUGGAAGAGCGUAAAUGGCGUCCUUGAGCCUACACAAUAUGAAAUGACAACGGACCUGAAAACAUUUGAGCAACGCUGACCUCCUUUUUUCAUGGAUUUGCGUUGAGUUAGCUAAGGGUUCUGGAGCCACUCACUGUCUUUGGGGACACUGCAGUUGACGUUAUGGCUUUACACAACUUGGUUUUUGUAAUCGAUGUGGAUUAUGGUGAUCAUGAUUCAGGAGAUCAACUGGAUACUAGAAAUCAUCACGUGAAGCGAGGAAUAUUACAAACCCUGCUGCAUUUCGGCUACAAAUAUGGAUUUGACAAAUUGCGCUGGGGUUAUAAAUUCUUUCAAUCCAAGACUGGCCGCAAUGCAAACUUCUUAUCAAGGGGGUCAGACUUCAAGGAGCUUCGCCACAAAACUUUUGAGGACUUUGAAAUAGAGUUUGAAACCAAGUUUGACCUAAAGGAUAAACAACAUUGCCCUUCUCAGCAGAAGCAGCUAUCCAAUCACUCUGUCUCGGUUCAAAAUGCACUUAAAGAAACCCUGCUGGACUUCCAGUGGGACAGACCAGACAUCACCUCUCCCACUAAACAGUCAUUGAGGCCGCGGAGGUCGACCCGAGCUGAAAAGCCCAGUGUUUCACAGGAGGAUGAUGUGUCAAACAACGGGAAGAAUGUGGUGUUUAUUGUCUCGGAGUGUCCACGUUCCAGAUCACAACUUGUGGACUAUCUUUCCUUGGGAAACAGUGAUCUGCCUACAGAUGUGACGGAACACAUCAUACCCAGGGCCCUUCACGACAUGCUGACGCAGCGACAAGUUGUGCUGCACUGGAUUGACAGUAGAUCACAUGUCCAGGUCAUGAAGUGUGAGGAUCACCUCAGCUUCGACAAGCUGUCAGAGGUUCUAGCUCAGCUGGGUGGCAGAGUGAUCCCUGUGGUUGCACUGCUGAAUAUCUGCUUCACUCAAAAGCCAGACUCAGGCUUCAGGAGAAAGAGUUUUGCAUUCAAGUCUAGCAUUGGAUACCUGCUGUCUUCUGAAAGGCUCCACAACCUGGCUUUUCCUGUCAUUAGCGGUGUUCUGCGGUGGGAGCAAGGUGACAUGACACAGAGCUGUAGCAUCAAGGUUGAGCCAGUGUCUCGGAGACAGAGGCUUCUCCCAGAGUUGGUGGAAGUGUGUCUGAGGGGUGUGCUGCAGGACUGGGAUGACUCUUCACUAACACAGACCCCCACAGAGUCAUGGGUGCUACACUGUUCCAGCAGCAGUAACCAGGGAGCUGCUGCUGCCUUCCAGCAUCUCCUGAUGGAGCUGUCUGCUCAUUCUCUGCACAUGCUUUCUGAGGUGAAUGACAGCGGCCUGGUGUGCUCGGCUGUCCUUUCCCCCUUGUCACACACUACAGCUCUACUCACUAUUCUCCAGUCUGGAGUCACUCUGCAUGAUCAGUUCCUAACUACUGAAAUAAUUGCCCCUGCCACAGAAGAAAGCUCAGCUGAAUUGCCAGAUGUUGUGAGCAGUGUUCUGGGAGUAGUGUAUGACAUCAUGGAGGAUGAUGGUGACACUGUUAAAGACCAACGAAAAGAUCACCAGGUUCCUGAGUGGGCUCAGCGUGAAGUCAGCCAUUGCCUGCUUACAGGAGGCAUGUUGGAGAGUUGGUUCCCUCAGUCGGACCAGUCAGGAGUGAGUUCCCAUUUAAUGGAGUCAAUGAGGUUGCUGCAUGCUGUGCCAGAGCAGAGAGAAGAGGAGGAGUCGUCUGUCCUACAGCAGGAGCUGAUCAGUGGUCUGGCUGAAUUGUAUCAAACAUCCCGGGGUGCGAAUGCCAAAAGGGGAAAGAAACGUGGCGCCCAGCGUACGCCUGUGAAACAGAAGAUGAAGACCAUGAGCCGCUCUCUGCAGAUGCUGAACGUGGCGCGGCUGAAUGUCAAAGCCCAAAAGAACCAGGCAGAGGCUGAGCAGUUGGUGGUCGAGGGCAGGGGCCCAGACAGACAGGGGAAGAGACGUUCAAAUGACAGGAACAAAUCUGGAGGCGCUAACACCAUUAAUUUCACUAGUGAGGAAGAGCUGCUGUCUUAUCUGAAGUGCAGUUAUGAGAAGACUAUGGCAGAGAGAGAGUCCCUCCUCACUGGUGUCCAGCAGCUCCUGUUUGCUGUGAAAACCUUCCACAUGACCGAAUCAGACCUGCAGGUAAACACCUCCCUGUUUGUCCAACAACACCUCCUCAAGACAGGCAAAUCAAUCAGACAGCUCUAUGGCAUGGCUGCUGAAGUUGAUAGCAAAGUCAGAGAGUGCAAGCUUCAGGCGUUGCUGAGGCUGGAGUUGUGCAGACUUUUCUCUGUGGAGCAGUCUGACUUACUGGAUGUGGAUCAGAUGGCAGAGGAGGUGGCUGAAAUGCUCAGAAUUAUCUCUUUAACAAAAGACCCAGUUUGCCUAGCAAGGUUUCUUGGAGAUGAAGUCCUCCCAGGGUUCCUGACCACAAUCCCCAGAGUGCUGGCAGACAUCUACCAUAGUCUGGGCACCCAGCUCCCUGAGGCUUUGGUCACAGCUCUGCCUGCUGACUUUUUCAGUGACGAGUCAGUUGCCAAAGACAGCAUUUCUCCUUCAGCCUCCUCCCCUACCCUCUCCACACACAGCCUGGUUUCAGAUGGCAGAGAUCGCCUGCAGGACCUGCGAAAUCGCACAGCCAGCAAUAGGAGGAGUGGGAUGCUUACUCGUCAUCGCAGUAUGACUGAAUCAUCACAAAGUCUUCGUCAAAUAGAAAUCCCCAAAAAGACUACAAGAGCUUCCAAAUCAAAGGCUUUGGAGAAACCUGUUGCAGAACCACCACCUAAACCUCAGAAACAAGAAAAACAAGAGGUGACAAAGGUGAGAAGAAAUCUGUUCAACCAAGAGAUUGUAUCCCCCUCAAAGAGAGCAAAACUGCCGAGAAGCCAGUCUGUGUCGGCUGUGGAAGGCCUGAAACGCAAGCGAUCUGAUGAAUCUGAAGAGAGGCACAAACUUUUAACAAAGAAAGUGUGUGAAACACCCCACCACAAGCAAGUGUCAAGUCGCCUCCUAUACAGGCAGAAAAGUGGAAGGAGAUCUGUCCCAACUGAGGAGUGCAUUGUGGAAGAAUCGCCAGUAAAACCUUCAGAAGAUCUAAGAAGGAGCCCAAGGAUAAAGAAGUUUGCUCGAAGACACUCAAACGUCUUCUACUCGAGUUCUCAGCCUCGCUCCCGCAACCUGGACAGGGCUCUCUCUGCAUCCCAGCUUCCUCUCAGCGAUGGCAAAAUCAGUGGGGUUAACAUAAAAACAGUUCGAUCUCCCAUGCGUCUCCUUUUCGGGGCUGCUAAAUCCCCCAGUCGGCUCUCUGACCUGUCUUGUGCAACCAGGGCCACCAGGUCACGGCUGUCCACAGACUCUUGUGUCUUUGAGAGUCCAAAUAAAACUCCAACAAAGUCACCUGGCAAAUGUGGGAGGGCCAUGCAUGGGAUCACGUCACCCAGGACACCAAAGAGCAAUCGAACCCCAGAGUCCCCCAGAAACCCACCUCCAUCCAGGAUGUGUGUUUUCUCUGUUACAGAGAGCCCUGUAGCAGGCAGCUCUUGUGAACAUGGCAUGGGUCUGAGAGGCAGUCCUUUCAGAUCUCCAGCCAGACAGACUCCUUUGGUAGAGACACCUACUAAAGAGAGCCCUGUGAGGAGUCCCCUGAAGGGUAUUCUCAGGACUCCGGUCAAGGCCUUGGUUGAAUGCAACAUCUCUUCAGGAUUACAUCUUCUCAAUAGUCCAAUUUCCAAGACUCCCAAGAAAAGUGUCACAUGGUCUCCAUCACCUCGAAAAUGUAGAACGGCAGAGGGCAGUGUUACUUUCAAGGUGCCAGAGUCGCCUCGUACUGCAUCACGUACUUCGCCGAGACUAAAAAGACCCAUUGAGUUGAGUAGUCCUGUCAAAAUCACAAACCCUAUAAUAGACAUUUUAAUGACCUCAGAAAAUACUGCUAAUAGUGUUAUUUUUUCGCAGGAAAAAAACGAGAUAAAAACACCUGAAAAAUGUGACACUGUUAGUCUACUGGAAAUGCAUCCUCCACAAUCCACACCACCUAAACCCAACACUAGAACUCAAUCCAAAACCCCUAUUCUUACUGACAAAAUGAUGACUCGCUCUGGACAGACUCCAGGGAAGAAUUCAAAUAUUGCAUCCCCAUGUAAGCCAGUAUUUACCACAGUAGGAGGUACUACUUAUUCAGAGGGACCAAACACCUCAGUAAAGUCUCCAGCGAAGUCCCUGACCAAAUCGAGGUCUAGUCAAGGGGCUGGAACCACCAGACGUACAUUAAGGUCUCACUCUAGUGAGAAUGUUCCCUCCCAACUAAAGACUGAAGCUGCUGAGGAAUGUAAUCUUGUGGAAAAAAACAUGCAGUUAGAAUCAAAAGACAAGGUACAAGCUAGACCUUCCCGAUCCUCUGAAACUGACUCUAGUUCCAACACAGAUUCACUGCUGUUGGACUCGUCAUGCUUUAACUCUGUAUCCACAGACGACGAUAGUAUGGACAUUGUAGAUGCUGCAGUUGUAAAGACCCAGCUUAGUGGAGGUAUCAAAAUGAACAUUAGUUUUUCACGGAAGCCCUCAAUGUCCACUGAAGAUUUUUUGUUGAACACAGUGUCACCCAAAUCACGGGAGCCACCCCAAGGCACACCUAGCCGGAGCUACGGCUUCCGGCAGACACCUGACCGCCAACAGAGAGAAGCUGCUGCUCGUUUGGGCUAUGGAAAUGAAUCCCCUCGAUUUUCAACUCCUGGAGGCCCAGCAAGACUUAGUCGGCAGAAAAGCAUGCAUGCUCCGAACCCUCUGACUUACCACGUAGAAAUGGAAAUGCUAACAUCAGGACUUCCCAAGCUCAAGAUCAGACGUACAGAUUCCAUGAAUGUGGGUGAUUUGGCAUCAGAAGGAGGUUCUCGAUCAGCAGCUCGGAGCCCUGUAGUUGUUGGGAAACCUUCUCAGCUGGACAGCCCCUUGGGGUUGUUCUCUAAGCACAGAGAUCCAGGGUGUGUUUCACCAUCUGUCUGUACUCAUGUCACCCCUGCCAAGAGCACCCCUGGAAAAGGUGGAAGUGUCCAAACUUACAUCUGCCAGUCUUACACCCCUACUCGCCAUAAUGCAGGAACUAUGUCUCCAGUGGCAACUGCAGACAUCAUUCCCCUGACUCCUUCACCUCAGAGUGUUGGUAAGGUGACCCCAGAUAAUUUCAACAGCUGGCCUCGGAGGAAGAGAGCUCAGACUGGAGUGGUUGGAGGCAAAGAUCGUGGUCUGAAGGGGGAGCCUUUUUUGGUGGAGUUGCUGGAGGAAGCUGAGCUUGGAGUUAGCAAAUUGCAGGAUGUUGAGGACACCGAUGAGUCCUCAGACAACAGAACUGCAUUAUUAGCUUUUACUUCCAAACAGUCACCCCCAAUUGGAACAGAUGCAUCUCCUCCGUCCCCAAUGGAAGGCUUGUUCUGGAUGGAGAAGCUGGUGGAGGAGGCUAACUGUGCUGAUCAUCAGAGAGAAGAAGAAGACAUCAUCUGGGCUGCUGGAAAUGGAGAUGUUAAGUCAAUUGAGACUCCUCCCAGCUCAAAGAUGAGGAAGCCGGUGACAGCGACUGGGAUUUUGGCCCUCACUCACUCUCCGUUGCUGUUCAAGGGCAAAUCAGGCUCUGCUAGUAAAAGAACGCCAAAUUGUAUAGAUGACGCUGCAUCAGGGAGGAGGAUAGAAGUUGAUGGAGUGGACAUCUCGCCGCAGCCAAUCAGACCCUCAUCAGAGAGGACCUACAGCAGAAAGAGGCUCCUUCACUGAUUCAAGGAAAUCAUCUGGCAACAAAGCAAAAAGAUUGUCCAUUCUGUGUUUUACUGUGAAGUUGUAGGCCAUUCUUAGCCAAAUUUUGGUGUGCUUUUGAUGGCAGAUCUGAAAGAAGUCUUUCAAGCAUCACUUGAAAGACUUUGAAUGAAUGUCCCUUUCAGUCUCGUCCACCAACACUUUUGACCCUGACAGUUUGUGUUCUUCAACAUAUGCCGUGUUUUCUGCAUGGGUCGCUCUGAAGCUAAAACAUUAGAAAAAUGGUGAUAUUAUGUCAUUGUUUUUCUAAAUUGUAAUAAGCAAUUUUCAAUCAAGUUAAAAGUCUAAAUGUGUUGAUAUAAAUACUAUUCAUGUAUUAGUUUUUUGUUAUGAACUUUCUUUUAUGUGAAGUGGAAGGACCUAAUUAUUGAUUCAUAUUGCAAAUAUCUUAUGUAUGUAAGUCUUGUGUAAAUAAAAGUCAGUUUUCUUAAUUAA